AUGAUAACCGACGAUUUCAACAAUAUCUCACAGACACAUCACGAAACAGACGAUGAAGGCAUCGAAAGGGAUUCAGAAGAGCAUUUUGAAGCGGGUACUUCGAAGUGUAACGGCGAACAAAAUCGGGUUCCUUUGACGGAAGUUAUUAGCAGAUGCGAGGCGCAUUUGGGCACCCUCACAAAAGCCCAAGCGGAAGCUCACUAUAAAGCCGUAGUGAGAGCUUUAGUGGCCGAGGCCAUAGAACUGUCAACUUUCUUGGAAAAGGUCGCUCAGGGCACAAUCGGGUUACCGUCGAGCUCAACAAACUCGAACUUGGACGAACUGAAGUUCACCGAUUGGGCCAAGUUUUGGGUUCAAGUAAUGGGGGAAUUGAGAACAGGGGUCAAGUUGAAGAAAGUGAACUAUAGCAAGGCCCCGAUAGAGUAUGAGCUGACUCCUUAUGAAAUACUCAUGAAAGAUAUCAGGAAUUGCAAAUACAAUUUAAGGAAGAUUAUGGUUAACGGGGAUAUUCCCAAUAGGGUGUCCAAAGAUGCUCAUGCUAUCAUUUUAGAUUUUAUCAGGUCUAGGCCGCCGUUACGUAAAGCGGCCGACCGAAAACUGCCUCCACAGCCAAGAGUCGCUUUAACGCCCAGGGAACAACUUUUACUGUCUAUUAAGAAGGGACGAAAGUUACGACCCGUUCCAAUGCCAAGGUAUGAAGUUUAUUUAGAUUACUCCAUUAAAAAAUGA